AUGUCGAGGUGCUCAGUGCCUGGAAGCAGGCCCAUCCGUUGCUGCUCCGGCCUGCAUUACAGAGACAGACCUCCUGGCGGCAAUGCCCACACUUCGCAUCACUUCCUCACCAGCCAUUUCGUUUCGAAAUUAUCAACCUGGUCAUCAAGCACGGUGUUAAUAGCUCUGGGCGUCAUGCUCAUCUGGCUGGACUGCUCUGGAGGAAGACAGAACUGGGCCUCUGUAACAGAAAGGGGUGGCAGUGAUGAAUUUGCCUCAUUCGCUGAGGAACGAUCAGCGCAAAUCAACGCUGCUUCGUCUAAACAGCGAGGGCCAGAAGUCGCAUUUUCGAAGCGGAAAGGGUCGAGACUAUUCCGUGCAAACAGUACAGAAGGUGCUUGA